AAACUUUGUCGAUGUGUCAAUUUAAUUAAAAAAGUUAAUCAAAGACUAACUCCAGUAACAGCAUGAAUUUCAGAAAAUUUAAAUUAUUUCCCAAUUAUUAUUCUGUUAAAAUAAUUGUAACAGCAUGGAUCUUAUUGAAUACUGCGUCGUUUGCAUUAACGAUGGCAAAGGUGGAAAAAUUAAUGACAUUAGAUGAACGCCAACAAAUAUUUAACGACCAUAAGUGUGAAGAAAAAAAAUGUGAUAUCAUUAAUAUAGAAUGGCCACAUCUACAAAAACGAUCAAUCGAUUAUAGAGUUUUGUUUUCAUUGACUAUUUUCGGUAAACGAAUAGAUUUAAAUCUGACACCAUCAAAAAAUUCAUUAGUGACAUCUAACACUCCAGUUUAUUAUUUGGAUACUGAGUAUGACUUUUUGCGUCUUAAAGUCAAAACACAUGAGUUUAUGAGAAAACAGUGGCAAUUAUAUGAAGAUGAAAAUGCCCUUACGUCGAUAUACGUCAAGACUUAUUCUGAUGGAUCAAAAAAAAUAGAAUUCGGUUACUUAGGAAAUGAACAUUUAACGAUUGAAUCGUUGCAACAUAAUUUUGAUGACGCUAAUAGAAACUAUUAUUUGGCUCGAGGUUCUGACGAAACCGACGGACCUAUUAAAAUGUUUGAUAAAAAUUCAUCUCUCGAAUAUAAACACAAAAAUCUUCAAUGGAUUCCUAAUAAAGUAUAUCCAGAAUUAUUAUUAAUAAUCGAUUAUGGAGUGUACGUUAAAUACCAUGAAAAACAAAUAUUAUUCCCUUAUUUAUUAACAUUUUGGAAUAUGGUUAAUAUGAUAUAUCGAUCGUUGAAAAAUCCAAAGAUUGAAAUAAGUAUCGCUGGUUUUAUGAUAGCUCAAGAUUCAAAAGUUCUUCAUCGUAUGAAUAGAGAUAAUUAUCAAUCCGAAGAAACACCUAGGCUUAAUUACGAAGAAGUAUCUCUCAAUGUUUCUAAGUACUUGUAUAGUAAACAAAAUUUUUUUCCAAAAGCGAGUUAUGAUAUAUUUGUCAUAAUAACAACCAAAAAGUAUGAGGAAAAUAAUCCGAAUGAUAUAACUUUCGGUAUAGCUGUAAAUGGAGGAGCGUGUAAAGAAGAUAUGAAGAAGAAACAAUUAGAUCGAUCUAUAAUAUUCUGUGAAGAAAAUCAUAUCGAUGACAUAAAUGUAGCCACUCAUGAACUAGCUCACUCAUUCGGUGUCCAACAUGAUGAGGACAUAAGUAAUCAUUGUGUGAUUCAUAAAUCAGUUUUAUCGACAAAUAGAGAAAAACUCAAUACAAAUUGGUCCAACUGUUCGAUCAACGCUUUAAUACAGAAUUUAAGGGAUAGUAAGUAUUCAUGUUUAUAUAAUAAACCAGAUAAUGAAAAAUCAUUACUCAAUUAUAAACCAUUUGAUAAUGAUACUCACAACUCAAAUAGUAAAUGGUUAGAAUUUUAUAUGACGAUAAAUGAUGGGGAGAGAGCAUUCAUAAAUCGAAAUGAAUUUAUACGUAAUUCAGUAAUUGUAAUAUAUUAUGCAAACAGAAAAACAAUAGUCAAACAGAUUGAUGUAUCUUAUGAGAAUUUAUUUUCUGGAGCUAAAAAAAUGUACCCUGACUAUCGUCUUCAAAAAAUGGAGCCUGAUGAUAGAAAAAUAAUUAUUGACCUCUCGAUCGUUAACUCAACUAAGAGUAUUAAUAUAUAUCAUAAAGAUCAAUAUAUAUAUGCUUAUCAAGACAUGGAGCCCGUUAUGAAUUCGAAUAUUAAAUUAUUACGUCAGAAUCAAACUUUACCUGCUUUGUAUAUGACAGCAGGAGAAAAUGAUGAAUUAAUUUUUCAUAUUUCUAAUUUUGAUGUUAAUAGAUUAGUUGCAGUUUAUUGGGAAAAUAAUAAAUUAAUCGUUACUCAACUUAUUACAGAGGAUGAUGAUAUAAAUCAUAACAGAAAUAAUCUAAUUGAUCUUAAUAUGAAAAAUGUUGUUUCUGAUACUAUGAAAGUAUACAUUCGUCCAUUUCAAAUGAAUCCCGAAAAAAAUCUCCGUAUUUAUUAUAAAAAACAAUCAAUACAUAUUUCUCAAGAAUAUCCAUGA